CUGACCAUUGCUCCAAAACCAGAACCACGCACUCACCAUUACACAAAGCGCAUGCGUGAACCAAAAUACUGACAGCCAGUGUGCGUGGUGACAGCUGUCCUGAUGAUAUCCAUGAACGCAUUGACCAGCGGUAACAACAGUCCGCACAGCACCAGCCACGGCAAGAAACACAAGAAAAAAGGGAAGAAACACCGAAAAGGGGCCACCGAGGACAUCACCAGUUUGGACACUGGGUCCCAGAUCCCGUCCUCAGAUGCUCUCUGCAACAUCCUCAACCUCCACAGGCCUGCCACUCCCCCCCAGACCCCCCCUGUCGACCUGUCCCGGAGCCUCCCUGACCUUCAACCCCCUGCCCCCCUGAACCUCUCCCAAACCCCUCCUGAGCCUCUGCCCACCACCACAUUUAGCUUCUCUCAGACCCCACCCGAUCCCAAGCCCACCAGCCAUCUGAUCUUCUCUUGCACUCCCCCUAAAUCUCAUCCCCUGGCUCCUGUCACUUUCUCCCAGAGCCCCCCCAGCCUCCAGCCGUGUGGCCCAGUCUCCCCCCAGAUCCCCUGCACCCCAGUCUCCCCCCAGAUCCCCUGCACCCCAGUCUCCCCCCAGAUCCCCUGCACCCCAGUCUCCCCCCAGAUCCCCUGCACCCCAGUCUCCCCCCAGAUCCCCUGCACCCCAGUCUCCCGCUCCAUCCCUAUCCCCCCCACCUCCUCCUCUGACAUCCUGCCUUCUCCUGAGACCCCCGAGACACUGUACACAUCUAUUGCCCCGUCACUGGGGUUACCACCCAUUUUCACCUCCACGCCUCCCACGUCAUUGGCUCCUGCCUCUCAGACCACUCCCCCUCAAGCUCUCAGCCCACCCCCGCCAGACUUCACUCCGCCCCCUCCAGAGCUGCUGGGAUCUGACGAUGAGGAGCAAGAGGAUCCAACAGAUUACUGCAAAGGUGGUUACUACCCAGUUAAGAUAGGAGACCUGUUCAAUGGCCGCUACCAUGUAGUGAGAAAGCUGGGUUGGGGCCAUUUCUCUACAGUAUGGCUUUGCUGGGACCUGCAGAGGAAGCGUUUUGUGGCCCUCAAGGUGGUGAAGAGUGCUCAGCACUACACAGAGACUGCUCUGGACGAAAUCAAACUGCUCAAAUGUGUGAGAGACAGUGACCCCACCGACCCCAACAGAGAGACCAUGGUCCAGCUGAUAGACGACUUCAAAAUCUCUGGAAUAAACGGAGUUCACGUGUGUAUGGUUCUGGAGGUUCUGGGCCACCAGCUGCUGAAGUGGAUCAUCAAGUCCAACUACAUGGGUCUCCCCCUGGUGUGUGUGAAGAGCAUUAUCAGACAGGUUCUCCAGGGCCUGGACUACCUCCACACCAAAUGUAAGAUCAUCCACACAGACAUCAAGCCCGAGAACAUUCUAUUGGACGUUGACGAGGUAUAUGUCAGACGAUUGGCUGCCGAGGCCACCAUCUGGCAACAGUCAGGAGCCCCUCCCCCCUCUGGGUCCUCCGUUAGCACGGCUCCCAGGGAAUCUCAGGCGGGGAGGCUGUCUAAGAACAAGAAGAAAAAGCUAAAGAGGAAGGCCAAGAGGCAACAGCGCCUCCUAGAGGAGAGACUGGUGGACCUGCAGAAGUUGGAGGAGGAAGACGGCCUGUCUCCUACUGAGCCCGGCACCUCCUCCAACCCCCUACGCAGGCCCUGCGGAGAGCAGGAGGACGGGGGCGACACGGACAGACAGACCAACCGUCUGUCCGUUGUCAAUGGCAACGGAGCCUGCCACCCCUGUGGAGGCUCCUCUUCCACAGCCAAUACUAAGGCCAGUCCGGAGCCUGCCUCGUCCUGGUUGGACGACAGGUGUAAUGGUCAUGACCUGCUACGGUUCUCCAGCCCAGGCUCUGGCCUAUCAGGGAUGUCCAUCCUGUCGGCCACCUCAGACUCCGCCCUCUCUACCCUGUCUGGAUACUCCACUGGCAGAGACAGCAUCCAGUCCCCAGGCACGUUCAGUGCAGCAGACUUCCUGGUCAGUCCACUGGAGCCUGGGAACGCAGACAAACUCCGCAUCAAGAUAGCCGACCUGGGAAAUGCCUGCUGGGUGCACAAGCACUUUACAGAGGACAUCCAGACGCGUCAGUACCGAGCCCUGGAGGUUCUGAUAGGAGCAGAGUACGGGACGCCUGCUGACAUCUGGAGCACAGCCUGCAUGGCGUUUGAGCUGGCCACAGGAGACUAUCUGUUUGAACCCCACUCAGGAGAGGACUACACUAGAGACGAAGAUCACAUAGCCCACAUCAUAGAGCUGCUGGGCGCCAUACCCCCACACUUCGCCCUCUCUGGGAGGUACUCACGGGAAUACUUCAACCGUAAAGGUGAACUGCGCCACAUUUCCAACUUGAAGCCCUGGGGUCUGUUUGAAGUACUUUUGGAGAAGUAUGAAUGGCCCCUGGAGCAGACAGCCCAGUUCAGCGACUUCCUGAUGACCAUGCUGGAGCUUGUCCCUGAGAAGAGGGCUACCGCUGCACAGUGUAUGCAACACCCUUGGCUCAACUCCUAAAGGACUACAACUACCACUCACAUCUCAAACUACAGCUACCAGGCUACCACGUACCUCUUGGAAGAACUACUCCUUGCUCGAAACAAGCAUACCUGGCUAAACACAAUAACUACAACUACCACUGUUUGCAGUACCUCCUUCUCAGCUCUGAUAAGUGUGUUAAGACCACUUCUGGACACCACAACCCCCCCCCCCCAGCUGAGAUGAGCAUCUAUUUUUUUGACUAUAACUGAACUUAAUAAUAUACACAAACACACUAGGCCUACCAUGUCUUUACUGUUUGUCUACGAAACUGUCUGUACAGUUAGAUCAGUCUGUGGACACUUCAAGGACUCUUCAAACAUGAAAUGUAAAAGUAUAAUUUAACUACUGUAGCUAAUAUAAAUGGAAGUAUCGUAUCCAUACUCUUAUUGAGCACAUAAGUAGCAGUAAGCUAAUGUCUACCAAUAUUUAAUUUAUUGAAGAAGCUUUACAACUGUGUAAAUGGAAAGAUAAAGAAUGAGGUAUUAUAUGAUACUGUAUAUGUAGUUUAAGUGUACGACCUUGUCCCCCAGUCACAUAUAUGUUAAAAUAGUGCCUUGAUAUGCCAGAUGUGAAAUGGAAAAAAAAAUACAAAAAAAUAUAAUUGCCUUCACUUUUUUUUAUACAUGUCGCCAAACUGUGUGGAAUGCAUAUUUUGUGAACAUAAAAAGUAUAUGCGAAUAUGAAUGAAAGAACUGAACCCAGAGAUCUUACAACCUGUGUUCUUCUGAAAUAAAUAAAUCCUUUUUGAAAACUG